UGCAAAAUCCUGCAACAAUAGCAGAGAUGCCUUCACAGAUUCAGACAGCAGUUUAAUUGAUGCAAAGGAAGUCAACCAUGUAUUGGGCAGUACUACUUGUGGACAGGCACAUUGUGAUGCAGUCACAACAUCACCAAAGAAUGGUUUGGCAAAAGGACCUCCAGAUGCAAUAAUGUCAAUACAAGGCAAUGAUGAAGAUAAGCCUAACAUUUGUAACAAGGGAGAAGUUUUGACUUAUCAGGUAGAUUUGUCAGGUUCAGUAACAAAUGGCAUGUGUUUGGGGUCCAUAGAUGUAGAUAGCUUUCAUCCUCCGGAUACAACCUUAAAUUUAUGUCAUAAAAAUUUUAGACCUGCUGAAGGUACAGAUAUCGAAAAGGGUCGUGUACAUGUUAGCCUUCAAUCACGUGCUGGUGGAGUCGAUGCUUUGCAUUGUUCCAGCUUAAUGGAUGGAACUUCGGGUAAUGAGGUUUCCAUCUGCAGUCUUUCUAACGUUGGAUCAAGUGUGACCUCUUUAGAGAGAGAAGAAGGGAUGAAAAGCCAAGUGACUUUUGAGGGAUCGUCUAGUCCAACAGCAUCCUUGACUAAUGAGAGGGUUUUAGUUGCAGACUUUUGCAAAUCUAUUAUUGAAUUGGCCUCUAAUUCUAAGUAUUGUCUGCAAGAGGAAGUUAUGCUAUCUAAUGAGAUAACCUCUUCAGAUUUGCUGCCUUCUUCAGAGGGAACUUCUGUGAUGCUUGAAACUAGUACAGUAGGAGGAUCCUCUCAGACUGUGGACUCAGUUAGAGAUGCCUUUUUGGAUGAUGGUCAAAAACACCAUCUUCCAAGGGUUAAUUCUUGUUCCGCUUCUGGAAACUUGCCAAUUCCAUGUGAAUUAUAUCUUUGUGAAUCAGGAUUGCACGGUGAGCAGAUAAGUAAUGCAACACUGACUAAGGCUGGAAAAUGUUGUCAAAAUAAGAUUCUGGACAUGGAAAGUAGCGAGAGGGAAAGGAUGGAUAUAGAUGCUCCAGAACUGCAAGUUUCGAUUUGGGCCAACACUGCUCAGUGCCAAAUUCCUUCAGAACGUCGAUCUCCUGAUUUAGGUUCGAGAUCCUCUGUGUUCAAUUACCUUCCUAUAUUUGCUGACAGGCCCAUUGAUAUACCCAUGGAGUUUGCAGCUGAUACGCAAUCUUAUGUGGAUGGGCAAGCAUUUCUUGAAAAUGCGUUUGAGGGUAAAAAAUAUUUGAAUGGGAAGUCUGCCUGUGAUGAUGGGUCUACUGUAGUUAACUCUAUAUCAUGUUCGCCGUGUACUGGCAUUAGUAAAGAUCAUUCAGUGAGGGAAGAUCACCCACGUACUAGUAAAGAAGGAGGAUUGCCAACAACAGAUCCCAAGUGUACCACCCAAAAUCUUCACUUGGUGAAUGGCGAAACACAUGAGAGGAAAAAUGAUCUUAAUCCUGCUUUCAGAAAAAGUUAUCCUGCUUGUUCAUCUGCAGCUUUUACUGCCACAAAAAAUGUAACCUCAUCAGCCCGAAUCACAAAGCGACGAACAUGGCAUCGCACUGGUAGUGCUUCUGUAUCUGUUACCCCAGGAAACAAAACUUUGUCAAGUACUGUUCCUCUGCAAGGGCAGUUGCUAAAAAAAAUCUCAGAGUCUUCAAGUACUUACAUUCGUAAGGGUAACAGUCUUCUUAGAAAAGCAUCUCCAAGUGCUGCUCCUGCUACUUCUCAUGUUUUGAGUCCAUCUGUUUAUCACUUGAACUCUUUGGGUGUAGAUGAAGUCAAAGGUGUAAAAUGUGAUGGUAAGACUGAUUUUACAGCUCCUCCAACUGUUUUAAAAGCAGGAGUUAGUGCUCCAUUGGAGAGGCCCAGAACACCUCCUUUACCCAGUAUCACCAAAAUUCCAAAUCAUGCUACUGGUUCUUUGAGGGAUUUUGUAUCCUCACCAUUUACCGAGACUCUAGCUACUGGCUGCUGUGACACUGUUCCUGAUCUUAUUAAAUCUGCAGAAACUGAUGUGUCAAACUCCUAUGAUAAAGGAUUGAGAGUUUCUGAAAUUCCUUUAAAUGAAGCUACUUCAGUUAAUAAUGAGUGCUUGAAUGAACUGAAUGAUGUGAACUUGGCUCCAUCACAUGUGAAGAGAGUAACCUAUGUCAAGCGUAAAUCUAAUCAGUUGGUUGCAACUUCGAAUGUUCAAACUGCUGAUAAGACCCAGCCCUUUUUGUCUGAUAGCUACUACAAGAGGAGAAAAAAUCAGCUUAUUAGAACUUCAGUAGAUAAUCACGUCAACCAGGCAAUCUCUUCACCUGAUAGUCCUGCCAUCAUUGAAGGGCAAACAGUUCCUAGGCCUAUUUCUGACAAAAGCUUCAGCGUGAGGCUAUCUCAUAAAGCUGUUGUAAAGCCUAUGAAGCGUUCAAAAUUCUCUCUGGUGUGGACACUGCAUGGUGCAGAUAUAUCAAAAAGUUAUGGUAAUUCAUUGAAGCGUCAGAAGGUCUUGCCUCAUUUGUUUCCCUGGAAAAGAGCAACAUAUUGGAGAAGUUUUACUCCGUACUCGGCUUUUGUUUCUAGAAAUAACUCUCUAUCUACGAUCAGUAAAAAAUUAUUGCUGUUGCGAAAGAGAGACACUGUUUACACUAGGUCAACUCAUGGGUUUUCACUUCGAAAAUCCAAGGUUUUAAGUGUUGGUGGAUCUAAUUUAAAAUGGUCGAGAUCCAUUGAGAGGGACUCAAAGAAAGCUAAUGAGGAGGCUACACUGGCAAUUGCUGCAGUAGAGAAGAAAAAAAGAGAACGACAUGGCACUAGAUCUGCUGUUUCUGGGACAAAAAAGAGAAGUCAUUCCUCACGUGAACGUAUAUUCCGCAUUGGUUCAAUUCGUUACAGAAUGGAUUCUUCAAAGCGAACCCUUCAGAGGAUCCCAGAUGAAUCGUCAUCAUGCUCUGCUGGUUUCCUGUUAGAAGAUGAGGCCAAGAAACCGUAUGUUCCUAGAAGAUUAGUAAUUGGCAAUGAUGAGUAUGUUCGAAUUGGCAAUGGUAACCAGCUUAUUAGAGACCCAAAGAAACGAGCUCGUGUUUUGGCAAGUGAGAAAAUUCGGUGGAGCUUGCACACUGCCAGAUUACGACUGGCUAAAAAGCGGAAAUACUGUCAGUUCUUCACCAGAUUUGGCGAAUGCAACAAAGAUGAUGGAAAGUGCCCAUAUAUUCAUGAUCCUUCCAAAAUUGCAGUCUGCACAAAGUUUUUGAAUGGUCUAUGUUCCAAUUCAAAUUGCAAGUUGACUCAUAAGGUCAUUCCAGAGAGAAUGCCAGAUUGUUCUUAUUUUUUGCAAGGUUUAUGCACCAACACAAAUUGUCCUUAUAGGCAUGUGCAUGUGAAUCCAAAUGCCCCUGCUUGUGAAGCAUUUCUCAGGGGCUACUGUGCUGAUGGAAAUGAGUGUCGGAAGAAACACAGCUAUGUUUGCCCUGCUUUUGAGGCAACAGGGUCCUGUCCACAGGGAUCCAAAUGCAAGCUUCACCACCCCAAAAACCGAAGCAAGGGAAGGAAAAGAAAACGAUCAUGUGCACAGAAAAAUGCUCGAGGCAGAUAUUUUGGUUCGUUACAUGUUGAAAUUACUGAGCCUGGGUCAGUGGUGCUUGAGAGGCAUUCUAUGCAAGAGGAAAAUGCAAUUUUUGGAGGGAAAUUGACUGAUUACAUUGGGCUUGACGAUACUGAUGGAGAAGUUAGUGAUGGAGAAGCUGGAGAAAGCAAUGACCUAGGGAAUGAGAAGACCACCUUUGGCGAGGGAGAUCUCUCAGAUUUCCAAUUUGAUGAUCUUGAUGAGCUAAUCAAACCAGUUCGUAUCAUGACACCUUCCGACUGGCCAGACAAACGGGUGAAGCAUGCUUUUAGCUAUUCUAUGGCGGAAUUCAUAUUUUUGUUGCACUUCAGCAAAGAUUGAUUAUAAUGCAUCAUCUGUUUUCUUCUUUUGCAGGAUGAUUUUGUUAUCUUUUCUGGUAUAUAGAUAGGUUGUUAUCUUCUCCAAAUAGAGCAUAGUCUUUUUUUCGGGUCCCUUUUGCACUCUUAUACUAUGUAGGUAGGUAUCUGUAUAGGUUGUCAACCUUAUAUAGAUAGGUUGUUGUGAUUUGUAGGUAUACGAAGUUGUCUCUUGUACAUGAAACAUGAUACAUUUCAGAAAUGAUAUGGAAGUUUCAAAUGGCUCGAAUUACAGAA